UUGUCUUUUUUCUCUAUGCCCCAAACAACCACUACAAGAGCCGUCAACGCUGUAUAGCUUUAUCGAACAGUAAAGUAAUGUCUAGCUCAACACAAUUUUCUCCAGUUAUUCAACAAUUAUUCGCAAGAAAAUCGAACCCAUCGUCCAUUUCAGCUUUUAAAGCUUCAAAAUUGGUACUUUUAGCACCAAUUUCCCUAAAUUGUUCAAGACUUCACUUGGAUUUUAAGGUGAGAGUUCAGGUUUUGGAAAAUCAUGAUGGAGAAAGUUCUGUACAAGAUCUUGAUGAUUCACCUGCUUCGAUUGAGCUACAACACAUUUCUGAUGAACCCCAAUUUGAUCGAGUUAUAGCUGAAGCACAACAGCUUGAUGAAUCUAUUGUGAUUCUAUGGAUGGCAAACUGGUGCCGCAAAUGCAUAUACUUGAAACCAAAAUUGGAAAAACUGGCUGCUGACUACUUCCCAAGAACACGCUUUUACUCUGUUGAUGUCAAUAAUGUUCCACACAAGCUUGUGGUUCGCGCUGGAGUAACUAAAAUGCCGACCAUACAGUUAUGGAGGGAUGGGAAGAAACAAGCGGAAGUAAUUGGCGGCCACAAAGCAUAUGUAGUCGUUAGUGAGGUACGCGAUAUGAUUGAAAAUGAAGAUAAUUUGUGACUUGAAGACAUUAUCCUAUACUUCCAUUAGAAUCCAUUUUCCCAGUUUUGUUCUGGUUCAUAUCCUAUAUACAUUUACUUCAGAUGUACUUUUGAAAAGGUAAACUAUACACACAGAUUUAUUUUUGUUUUAUUUUUUCAAACAUUCAAAGAGGAAAAUGUUUAUUUCUUUUUCUGUAUCCUGUACAUUUAUUGUAAACAUCAGGUCCUCAAAUGUCCAUUUAUUAUAUGUACUAAUUAUUGUUUCUUUUCUC